UCUUUGGAUGUCGAAGCCAGCGAAUUUUCGCGUUCAACUGUUUGCCUUAGCGAACAUCAGAAUUAAUUUCGGAAGCUGGGCUGUGUCCGAAUGUUCCUGCGUAUUCCAUCUCAUUUUCGAUUCAUGGGACAACUGAGCGUCACGAUAAAGUCCCGAAGUCGCGGGUCUCUUUUUAGACCCUGUACACUCUUCUGUCCAUAAUGUCGGAAGCAAGCACUUCGUUUGCCGUGCUGUCAACACCGGAUUCCAAACAAUUGAACCAAACUGCCCUCUGUGAAAUCAACAAGAACUUUCAGAGUAAGUUUAUCCCAGUAAUUUACAUCAUUGCGUUUGUGGUGGGAUUCUCCGCGAAUUGUUCGGUGUUGAUCUCUUUGUGCUUGAAAUGGAGAAAAUGGACUAGCUUGGACAUGUUCGUGUUUAAUCUGGGCCUGGCUGAUCUCCUGUAUGUUACUAGUUUGCCCUUCCUGGUGGUGUAUUAUGUCAGUGAAAGCCAUUGGAUGUUUGGGAAAGCGUUUUGCAGAAUAACGAGGCUCCUGUUCCACCUGAACUUGUACGGCAGCAUCGGAUUCCUCACCUGUAUCAGUGUGCAACGGUACCUGGGCAUAGUGCACCCCAUGAAAGUGUUGGGCAGAUGGAAUCGCCGCCACUCGCUGCUCAUCAACCUCCUGGUCUGGGGGCUGGUUCUUACCCAAACCUCAGCCGAUCUACAUUUCACCAAGACGAACCUCAACGGCACCGAAUGUUACGACACUACCGUGAACGAGGAACUCACAGACUACCUGCUGUACGUGCAGAUUAUUACUGUCACUGGAUUUUGCAUCCCUCUCCUCACCAUUGUAGCAUGUUACUGUCAAAUCGCUGUAGUUCUCAGCAGAAAUAACAAUCUGGACAACACUUUGAAGGAACGAUCCCGGAACCUUGCGAUCAUUAUAAUGGUUUUAUUUUCCAUUUGUUUUACACCUUAUCAUGUUUUGCGUUAUGUUAAUUUAAGUUCCAGAUAUUUUCAGUUGAAAGGUCUCUGUGCACGGAACACCGGCGCCAUUUAUUUGUUUUACCAGAUUGCCAGAGGCCUGGCCAGUUUAAACAGCUGCAUUGACCCUCUGGUUUAUAUUGUAGCCAGAGAUGACAUGCUAGCUAGAGUGAAAACAUUCAAGAACAAGUUACAUUUGCCACUCAUUUCAUCUAAAUCAACUAAUUGUAGAAUUCCUGAAAGGAUUUUACUUACAGACAAAAUGAUCGUUCAGAAGGAGACAACCUUGUAAGCCAAUUGAGAAUUGGUAGGUUCACUGAACAUUUCUAUUAAAUCGGAAGGUCAUGCUGAUACAAAAUAAUUUGGUUUCAUGUUUGGAGCAGCAGACAGGAUAGUUCCCUCAGUUACUGAUAGCCCUAGAGUCUCCAUGAAAUGUGGCAUUCAAUCUUAUAGUAAUUGUGGAGUCAAAUGAGCUCCCUGUCUUUACAUAAGAUGAGACUUGUGGGAACAGGGCAAGAAAGCAAUCAGUCUAAAAUAUUGUUAAUAAACAGCACACAGACUGAGGCAGGGGUGCAGUUAGAUUAUAUAAUAUCAGAUCAGAUACAAAAAGAUACAGGAAAAUUGAAUUUGAAAAAAGCCAUGAAGGAAGAAUCCUUUUUAAAGUCUCAACAAAUGAGAUUCUAUUCUUGUAAAAGGUGGUUUUCAGUGCCAGAGAGUUUAUUUGGCAGUAGUUGUAACUUACAGCACAAUUGAAAAUGCACUUAUAAUUGAUUUAACAAGGCUUUACAUUUUCUAGAGAGUUUUUUGGAGGGUUUGUCUUAGAAUCUUUAGGUCAUUUUUAACAUUGCUGUUAAAACACCAAGCCUGAAAGUAAUCAAACUCAUAGGGAUAUGCAGAGGAAUGAAAAUGCCUGGAAGUGUCUCCCAGACCCAGAUAGGUCAAUUCAAACCUGUAUUGGUACUUAUAGCACACAAUGAGACCUUCAAAUGGUUUUGGAGACAAGACUGCUUGACUACAGAUAUUGCUGGAAGAAUUGAAAACUAACACACCUUUGUUCAAAGUUCAAACUCUGUGUUACGAAUAUCAGGAGAGAAAGAUAGGAAUUUACUUACCCCUCCAGACUUGGUCAUAUCAAGGUUUCUUCAGAUUUUCUGUCUGAUUUCUUGGCGACUAUCUUAUAUUGAUGAUGAUUAAAUUUUUACUGGCCUUCCACAAGCAAAUCUUUCUUGUCUACCUGUCAACCUUUUCAAGGGACAAAGAGAUCCAGUCUGUCCGUCCUUUCUGAUAGAUCCUAGUUUGGGUACCAUACUUGUAAAUCAUUGUUGCAUACUUUCUAGUGCCUCUCUAUCUUUUAUAUAAGACAAGAACCAGAGCUGGACACAAUAUAGUCCAACUGAGAUUCAUUGCCAUUUAAACACAAUUUCUCUACUUAAAAUUAUAUUCUUCAACAAAUGGCCAUGAAGCCUGUGAUUGCUGUUGAACCACUUUAUUGGUGUGCAUCACUACUUUUAGGGAUUAUGCAUUUCACAUUCCUUUCAUCAGCCCAUUUGGAUUCCUACUUUCCAAGUAAUAUAUGACCUUUUUCUUUUGCUUAGCAAAACGUUAUAUUGUAGGCUCACCUGGAUCAGUACACUUCUCAUUCUCCUUCCUCCUCCUUCCAACUUUUCCCGUCUUUCUUUCAGCCACUAUCACCUUGACGCUGAAACUCUUUCCAAGAGUUUCUUCUCUUCAUCUCUUCUUUCCCUGUUUUCAAAAGGUAACUGAAGAUAUUUAUUUUCAAAUGUUCCUUUCCCUAACUCCACUCAAUGUGUUUUCUCUUCAUUUGACAGCUCUUUCAUUCUUAGAUCUGUAAGAUCUUUUGGGCUGUUUCUGAGUUGGAAGUAUGAUAUACUUGCACAAUGUUGGUAGUGUACACCAAAUGUUUGCCUCUCUGGCAUAACCUCUAUAAUGACGCAGUACAUUAACCCAUGGGGCACAAUAUUAUUUGAAAACGUAUGCAUUCUUAGAGUACUAGCUCUGAUGAAGUGAGUUUUCUAGUAUCACUACACUUUGCAAUUUGACUUCAUUUACCCUCUAUUAGAGCUGAAGUGGAACAAUCAGCUCUAUACAUUUUCAGUGAAAAUUUCCAACCAAUAUUUCUACCAGUGUUUACAAAAUAACAACUUGCAUUGCUAUAGUGCUAGAUGUGAUUUCAACAGCAUAAAACCAAGAAAUCUAUUCACAUUGUCCUCACUGAUAUGGAAAAAAUAAAUUCUAGUCAAUAUUUCAUCAUAAGCAGAUUCACCUCUAUAUCCAUAAUUGCUCAAGUUAUUUUUUUUCCCUUGCUAUGCACUUUUUCAGUACUGAAUAAGUAGGCAGGUGACUUUUUCCUUCCAUCUAGUAAAUUUUUACAGGAAAUACAGCACACUAGCACGCGUUGAUACAGCUCCAUUUUAAUUGAAAAGUGCUAGAAUAUCUUAUAGAAUAAGCCAGUUGCAGACACAAGCCUAUUAGAGAGAGAGUUCUGUACCAAAACCCAACAUUCUGGAUGUCACUGUACGGUAGCAUAAGAGCCCACCAGAAUUCUUCUAUUUGUAAGUUAUUUUUUGAAAGGCCUUUUUUUCUGUUCAGUCAUCUAUUCUAAUGUAUCUUAUUAUUCAUUUUUUAUGUCAAUAUUCCAUUGUCAUAUCAUAAGGAAAAUUAAUACUAAUUCACUUGGUAAUGACAUUUGUAUUUACUAAAAUGAAAUAGUUUCAAUACAUUGUCAAAGGUGUAAUUACCUCACAACUUUAAAUGUAACCACAGAAACCAAACACUUAGGACACUUUUUGCUGCAAAUGGAUAAAUUAAGUUGAGGAAUUCUUUGUCAUAGUUUUAUAAUUAUUUGAUGAAUGGUAAAUGUUGCGUUAAUAGCUCAGAUUCUGCAGAGGUAUUGAAGCAAUAUCACAAUUAUAACGUAAAUUAGAUAAAUUGUUUUUCAUUCAAGGGUUGUGAGCUUGCGAGUGAUGAGCUGCCUCCUUGAACUGUUGAAGUACUUGGGGGCUGGAAAGGGAUGGGGAAUGGUAGUGAUGGCAGGUACACACACACUGCCAUUAGUGAAUAAGUUGCAAGGUGCCAAUCUAAUGAUAGCGAUUGAAGAGUGAUAUUAUUCUAGAUCAGGAUGGUGUGUUGCUUGGAAGGAAAUUUGCAGGUGCUGACAUUUCCAUGCAUCUGAUGUCCUGCCUACAACAGAAAUAAUGCUGUAUUUGCAAGGAACAUUGUCAGUCAGAGCCAGAGUAACACAACCUGGAAGCAGGCUCUUCAACCCAAACUGGUCCAUGCUGACCAUGGUGCCCACCAAUUUUCUGCAUUUGGUCCAUAUCCCUCUAAACCCUUCCCAUCCAUGUACCUAUCUAAACCUUUUUUAAACAUUGCUAUUGUACCUGCCGCAACCACUUUCUCUGGGAGCCCAUUCCAUAUACACACUACUCUCUACAUGAAGAAGUUGCCCCUUAGGUCCUUCUUAAACCUUUCCCAUCUCACCUUAAACCUAUGCCCUCUAAUUUUCAAUUACCCAUCCCUGGGAAAAAAGACUAUAUGCAUUCAUCCUAUCCGCAAUACAACACUUUUACAUAGCAGUUGAACAACCCACUUUGUGGAUGCAAUAAAGCUACUGAAGUUAUGAAAAUAGACAGUCAGACUUGUCUGAGGAGAAACAGACCUUUGCUCUCUCUACAUUUCUCUGAAACUCCUCUCAUCAAAGCAUAAGUUGAAAAUCUGUUGGAAAGCCUCAUCACUGUUCAUGUUGGAUUUGGAAAGAUUUCAGAAUUUAGCUUACAUUCUCCAGAAGAGAUUACAGCAAGUGACAACCAAUCCUGGAAAGUGCUCACUGUUUGUGUGUACAAAGUGACUUUGGGUGCAGAUUAACAUUUGGGACAAUCUAUAAUAAUCCUUUUCUCCUGAGUUUAGCUGUCAAUUGGCCAAAGUACUUCUACAAAAACAUUUAAAAUUUUAUACACAUUUCUCAAACUUCAGGAUUGUGUGUUAGUUUUCAAGAAGGGUUGUUUUAAGUAUUUAUAUAUAUUUGGACAGUCUCAACGUUUUCUUAAUAAUCCUUGCAUCUUUGCUUGACUAUGUUUUGUUUGUAAUAAACUAAAUACUAUUUGUUAA